AUGUGGUGGGGCGCGUGCGCGCUGGUGAUGGGAUUCGCCGUGCUGGUGCGCCUCUGCACCGGACUGCACCCCUACUCGGGCGCCCCACAAACAGUUCCACGCUCUUUCCUCUUCGUGGCACCCGCUCUGCUCUGCUUUGCUUUUGCCUUGCCUUGCCAGGCCACCCUUUCUCCUCCCCUCUCCACCCCAUUUUCCAAAUCUCAACUUCCUCAGGCACCCCCGUCUCCCUCCUGCCCCUCGCCACAACCCAGCCCUCCUCUCCCUCGUAAUCCUCGUCCCCACUUUUAUCCCGCCCACUCUUCUCCCCUCGCGCCAGUUGAUCGCAUGCACACCCCUCCAAAGUACGGCGACUACGAGGCGCAGCGGCACUGGAUGGAGAUCACGCUGCACCUGCCGCCCACUCUCUGGUACCGCAACUCCACCAGCAACGACCUCGCCUGGUGGGGGCUGGACUACCCUCCGCUCACCGCGUGGCAGAGCCGCAUGCACGGAUGGGUGAUGCACCGCCUGUGCCCUAAUGGUGUUGCCCUGGGGUCUUCGCGGGGAUAUGAGUCGGAUUACAGCAGCAAGGCACUGCUGCGUUGGACGGGGCUCUCCACAGACCUCCUCGUCGCCAUGACAACUGAGUUCACUCAAAGGCUGUCUCUCUUCCCCACUCCCCCAUUCCCCCCCUUAUUCCCCCACUCCCCCACUCCCCCACUCCGCACCUCCCCGCAUCCCGCCCUUUUCUCCAUGCUCACCCUACACCCUACCAUUAGCAAAACACUGCUGCGCUGGACAGUGCUCUCCACGGACCUGCUCAUCUCAACUUUUCAGUUGACCCUAAAGUUUCGCCUCUCUCUCUCCUACCACCCCACCCACCACGCCCACGCCCCACACCUCCCCAACAGCAAAACGCUGCUGCGCUGGACGGUGCUCUCCACGGACUUGCUCGUCUUCUUCCCUGCCGCCCUCGCCUUCGUCUGCUCGCCCUUCCUGCGCCGCCUCUCCCCCGCAGCCUCUCGCCCCGCAUCCCACCACCUGUGGUUGCUGGCCAUGCUGCUGCUGCAGUCGGGACUCCUACUCAUCGACCACGGGCACUUCCAGGUAUGCUGCGCUAACUUUUGA